AUGCGCAGCGACAGCGAAGCGGAGGCGGACGCGGAGGAGGCGCAGCACCCGACGCUACAGCGCCAGCACCAAGAGGUAGAACAGGAGAACGACGCGGCCGCUGUGGUGGACGCUGCGGAGCAGGAGAAGGAGAAGGAUUCUACCCCCGAAGAGGACGGAGCAGAGGAACAGAGCAAUGAGGCGGCGGAGGAUGCCGACCCAGACGCCAUCCACGUGCGCAUCCUGGACCUAAACGGCAAGUUCUUCGACGUCGCGUGCAAGCUGGACUGGACCGUGGCCCACAUGAAGCAGAAGGUGCUGGAGAGCACCGAGGUGGCCGUGGCCUCCCAGAGGCUCAUCUACCGCGGCCGCGUGCUGGAGGACGAGAACUCGCUGGCCAGCUACAAGGUGGAGGACGGCCACACCAUCCACUUGUUCGUGAGGGCCGCGCCCACCCCUGACCCGGAGAUCCUCAAUGCAGAGCUCAACGCCAAUGGCAGCUCGAGCGGCGGACGAGAUGACGGCAUCACCGUCGUGCAUAUUAACAGCGACAUUGUUUCGUCCGCCGUGUUCCCGUCGGACUCGGCGCGACGCGUCGACCCGCUGAUGCUCGACUCGCCGCUGGGCAACUGCGCGCGUCGCGUGAAGCUCUGGAGCUCGUUCUUGCUCAUCAUCUACACGAUGAAGGUCAUGGGGCAGUUCGCGUUGCUGGCCAACGACCAGCAGCAACGGGCCGCGCAACAGGAGCGAGAAGGGGCCGGGGCCAGCGAGACGGACCGACCGAUGGACAGAUACGACGAGUACCCGCAGUACUACACGCCCGACCCGCUGAUUGGCGGCCUUGAGCUCAUGGUGCACUGCUUCGGUGUGUACGUGGGCUGUGUGGGGUUCAAGGCAGCACACGACACGGACAUCCGCCCCAUUCGCUUCUACUGCCGCGGCGUCGUGUGGCUUGCCAUCCUAACAGUAGCAGAGCAGAUGUACACGACCGUGCAGAUCUCCGAGUCGGACUUCCCCACGGAGAGGGUGCAGUACCCUUACGGUGGGCAGGGGCCGACGAAGGACGACAUCGUGUCGGCGAACAUCUUCCAGACGAUCAUGCUUGUGGUCAUGUGGCUCAUUGCCAUCCGCCACUCGUACCUGCACCAGCGCGAGGUGUCCAUCUACAACCAGUCUUUCGCUGCGGCUGCGAUGAAUGCCGCUCCUCCUGUACACCUGCCUGAAGUGGUGUAA